AUGCCACUGCGAGAAAUAUUCCCUCGCCCUCCCAUCCCGCGCCUCUCUUGUCUUCCCAUUUCCCCAUCCUCCCACUCCUCCCGGUUUCUUCUUUCCCUCUCCCCCUUCACUGCCCUCCCCUUUCCCCCCUCAUCUCUCGCUCUCCCCACUCACACGGCCGCCCCUAGCGCAACCGCCAUGGGCGCAACGUCCCCAGGCGCGCCCCCCGCGGCGGCCACGGGGCGCGCGGUGCUGAGCGAGCGCCUGGUGGGACACCGCAUGGCGCUGCAGCGCAACGAGAACAUCCGCUGCCUCGCCGCGCUCGCCCUCCCCGCACCCCUCCCCGCGCCCGCACCUGCAGCAGCAGAGCCUGCGUCCGCAUCUGCGCACGCAGGUACCAGCAGCGCUGCUCCUGCAGCAGCAGCAGCAGCAGCAGCAGCAGGUGCUGUGUCUGCUGCUUCUGCUGGUGGCAACAGCGCGUCAGCAUGGGGCUGGUUGACUGCAGGUCGGAUGGCUUCUGCUUCUGCUUCUACCGCGUCUGCUGCUGCGGCUGGGGAUAGCCCGUCUGCUGCUGGCAGCCAUGUUGGUAGUGUGGGUGGUGCUGGUUCUACCGGUAUGGGGGGAGCAGGGGGGAAUGAGGCCAGGGGCCCCGAGUUGACUAUGCGUGGGGUGUGCGUGGUGGGGAGGAGGGCAGUGGAGCGAGUGGAGGUGUUACAUACGGUGAUGGGGGGGCUGCUCGCUGUGCUCUGUGAUGGGGGCGUGCGUCUCCUCCACCCUCUCUCCCUCUCCCUCGGCCCACCUGUAGGCCCUGCCUCUGGCACCCUCCUCCUUGCCUCGCACCCUCUAUCAUCCCCCGCUCCCUUUCCACUCUCCUCCUCUAAUCCCUCCUCUUCAAACCUCUCCGCCCCCACCUCCGCCUCCUCAUUUCAAGCCUCCCCACCCCCCUCCGCGCCUCUCCUCCUGGUCCUCCGCAGGAAGCUCCUCAUCUUCACCAUCUCCUCCUCCGCACCCUUCUCCCCCACGCCUCUCUGGGACGCGCUCUCCAUCCGCCUGCAAGGGGAGAUGCUUAUAAAGGGUAUAGGCGAGCGAGAGGUCCCUCUAGCAGCAGCAUACCUGGGGUCGUCAGUGAUCCUAGGCACGUCGCUGCAGUACCUGCACGUGUCCAUCCCUUCAGGCGACCCCUUGCAGCUCUUUCCCCUGCCUCCCUCCUCUCCCAAUCCCCCUCUCAUCGCCGCUGUUUGGCUCGCCUGCAACGCGCCUGGGGUGUCCUCUCCGCGCGAGAGAAAGGUUGCUCCUGAUGAGGGGGGGAUAGCGUCAAGAGCGCAUACGGAGACAGGUGGAGGUGAGGGUGAGGGUGGGGUUGAGGUUACAGCAGCAGCAAGAGCAGCAGCAGGAAUGGAGGCGGUAGCAGGAGCAGUGAGAGGUCUGGCGGUAGCAGAGGAGGGCGGUUGGGGAAAGCAGCAGGGGGGGCUGCAAAGAAUGAGCGCGAGUGUGGCUGGCACAUCAGAUGCAGCACCGGCCAGUGCAAGAGCGCACACACAGGACACAGCACACACAUCACCACCAACAGCAGCAGCAGCAGCAGCAGCAGCAGCAGCAGCAGCAGCAGCAGCAGCAGCAGCAGCAGCAGGGGAGACGGCAGUAAGAGCAGCAGCAGGAGGGAGCAGUGGUUCUGACAUGGGUGCAGCAGAGGGCCGACCAAGCAUACAGAGCCAGGAAUCAGCAGCAGUACUAGCCAUGGACGAUAUAGGAGUGGUCAUAGACACCACAGGCCAGCCCAGAGGCAACCCCCUCAUCUUCCCCUCCCCUCCCAUCGCCCUCACCUUCGCCCCUCCCCACGUCGCCACCGCUCUCCACCACUCCCUACACCUCUUCGACCCGGCCACAGGCACGCUCCUGCAGACGCUCCCGGUGCCGGGAGGGGCGGGGACAGCUGGCAGGAGCCCAUUGGUGGCGCUGGCGGCGGAGAGGGGAGGAGGAGGAGGGGCGGUGGUGGCGGCGAGUGGGAGUGAGGUGUGGUGGGUGCUGCGGCUGUCUCUGGUGCAGCAAGCGAGGGAGCUGAUGAGAGAGAAGCGGUAUGGGGAGGCACUGGAGGUGGCUAGGGGGGUGGAUGUGGGCGAGGAGAUGGAGGGGGAGGCAUGGGGGGAGGUUAGGCCAGGGGAUGGUGCUGAGCCGAGCACAGGGAAAACAGAUGCUGCUGUUGGUGGUGACGGUGGUGGUGCUUCUGCUUCUGCUGCUGCUGCUGUUGCUGCUGCUGCUGCUAAAGGGGUAGUUUCUCCCAUGGCAUCUGCGCUAGCACCAGGGACACCUGGGAGUAAGAGUGUGACGAUACAGGGGGCGUGGAGGAGGAGAGUGGCGGAAGCGCAUGCGCAGGUGGGGCUGUUGCUGCUGUGGGAUGGGGACUUCAAAGCAGCCGUGCCGCACCUCCUAGCAGCACGAGGAGGGGUCUUCCAGCCUGCUGAGAUCUUUGCGCUCUUCCCCCACUUGACUGCCAGAUCCCCCGAGCUCGCUUCUGGGAUCCCUCGAGCUCGCUUCUGGGGUCUGCACGCGCCUCUCUCUGCCCUGCACGACCGCCUGCUCUGCUGCUGCUUCCCUGCACCGUCUGCCGCUCCGCACCACCGCCCCCACCAUCACCCCAGCUCCUCUUUAACUCCAUCUGCGUCCCUUCCUACAGCAGUAGCAUCACCAGCAGCAGCAGCAGCAGCUGCAGCAGCAUCAGGGAGGGAGGCGUUUACAGGAGCCAGGCCAGGCUCGUCUGGGGGAGGUGCAAGUGCAUCUGUAGGGUCCGGUGCGGUGGGGAGCGAUAGAGGGAGUGGGAUGGAGGCGGGGGAGCAGCGGGUGCAGCAGCAGCGGCGGCAGGAGGACACUCGGCGGCAGUGCCAAGAAGGUGUGGUGAGGUAG